CGCCUGUUAAACCUGACCUCCUCGAACUGAGGGUGAGCGGCGGCUCUGCGUGUUCGAUCAUCGCUGUCUCCGCAGGAUUGCUUGCGUUCGAUGGCGUCAUCGCGUGAGUAAUUCUGAGGUUCGGCGGCGUGUGUUUGAACACAGUGGAGAUCACCAUUCAUUGAGUGUCGUCAUGUGGAAACACCGGCUCCGGUGGCUUGGACAUGUGCUGCGAAUGUCAUCCCGGAGGCUUCCGUACAGGUCUCUGUUCGCUAGCCCUGGGACGGGAUGGAAAAGGCGGAGGGGUGGUCAGUCCGUGACUUGGCGUCGUGGGAUGAAGGAUAUUUGUGCUAGAUUAGCAUCGGUUGGUGUGUCACAACUCCCUGGUUGGGGUCCGCGAGAUAGCUCGAAUCGAUGGCUCGAAAGGUUAUCGGAUAUGGCCAAGAAUCGUAAUCAAUGGCGAACGUGUUGCAAUUUCCUUCUUUCUUCCCUUCCUGAUGAUAGUUAACGAAUACUGUUUGAACUUCUUAAACAUGACUGUUUUCCUUCCUGAUGAAGUUCUUUAUCCGUUUUCUACAUAUAUUUUUACUUUUAAUCUAUGUUGUUUUAUUAUUAUUGUGUGGCGCAUCUUUCUUGGUGCCAUAUUGUACCAAGUUUUUCUGCGUUUAAAUAAAUAAAAUAAUAAUAAACCUGGCUGCAUGUUCACUUCUGUUUUAUAGCUGUUAGUCUCUUAAGCGUUAGCAACACAGGGGUAUGGGUAAUCGAUUGACGAGAUGGGAUUCUUCCGUUGAGACUAUUUGGCAUCUUAAGUUAACAUAAGAGUUUCUAGGUUAUUCAGACAUCACAUGAUGUAAUACUCGGGUUUUCAAGUGGUGGUCACUGAAUUAAUUUAGAUCAGUCUAUUGAGAACAUUUAAGGAGGGAUAUAUUAAAGUUUGCACGUAUUGGAUCAUUUCUAACAUCUCAAAGCCUCUUGAGGAUAGCGGUUUAAGCAAAUGAGCUAGCAUCAGGCUUAGGUAGGGUACUUUGGUCAAAAAGUAGGAUAGUACUAACUUCUUCAGUCAGAGAUUUGGUGGCAAAAUUACGCAGUUGUCGUGUUGUGAACCGAAUAUUGUCAGGAUAAUAGGAUACCGUGUGGUGUAAUUUCUUAUGAGGUAAGAACUGAGUAUCAAUUGCUUUUGUGAUCCAACUAGUAAUGUUCACAUAAUCUUACAAUCUAGGAGAUUUAUAUUCAUUCCAGCUGAAUGGGGCUGUCAUUGUAGUAUGUGACAAACGAACUUUUAUAUAUUCCAUACUUGUCCGCUCUAUAGGUCUCCGUGUACAGCAUUUUUGUAGCCGAAUUCAUUAGCUGAGGAAUAAACUUUUUUGACGAGAUUAUUGGAAUGAUAAUUAUUUUGCUUUUUUGUUAUGUAAUUCCUUGAAUUGUGCAACAUAUAUGUGAAUUAAAUCCGUUUCGACAAUUACACAGGAUAUGUUAGAAGUGAAUAAGAGAUUAUCAAGAAAAGUACAGUUGAAAGAAGAUAUGGCGGCUUAUUAUCUUGAGAAAAUCGCAGACCUAGAAUCUGUUAUUGACCAGCUUCGGGAACAAAAGCAACAAACAAUAGAAGAGAAAGUCGUUUCAUUGACUGAGAUGGUUAAUGCUACUGAAAAACGUGUAGCUCAGUUGAUGGAACAGUUGGAGGCUUUCGAAGAAGCUGAGGCUCAGAAUUGUGAGGCUUCUGACAACGAUGAUGAGGUGGCCAGUAGUGCACUGUCGGACGAAGUUAAAUGGUUGGAAGAUGAAAUAUCCAUGGUGAAAACUACUAUGGAACUGGUGGAGUCAAAGCAUCGUCUACGAAUCCUUGAGCUAGAAGAGGGUCGUGAUAGUUUGCGGAAAGAUAUCACUGAACUGGAACGUCAACUAAAGGAACGUCAAUCAAAACUACGGGAUACUCAAGCUCAGUGUGAAUCCUUGAGAAUGCAACUCAAUUCUACGAGAAAUGAACGCGAGAAUUCUGCACUUUCUCAAAUUGAAGAUCGACGCCGACGUGCUGAAAAACUGAUUGUUCGACAGCGGGAAAUGAUCAGUAAAUUGAAAGAAGAUUUGCAGCGUUCAGAAACAGAAAAUAAGCUUAAAGUCAAUGAAUACAUGGCGGAAAUGAAGAAAAAAUACUUCAAUCAAGAUAGAGUAAAUAAAUUAUUAGUUGAAAGAGAGAGAGUUUACUCCAGGAGAAUGCAAAACUUACUCAUCAAUUACAAAUUUGUGAAGGAAUUGAGUUGGAUCGGAACUGUGAAAUUGUGA